UAAUUAUCAUACCUAUAAAUUCUCCAAAUUUUCGAAUAAUUUUGAGAUUUAAUGGACAAAACUUGUGAUGAAAUUUUUAUAGGUAGGUUGGAACGUACGAGUCCUAAUAAUCAAAGAAACACAAUCUUGCUGUAAAUUAUCUAUAUGAACGAUUAUGUUUUAUUAUUUUUUUUUAAUGCAUUGUUUAUGUCUAACGGAGAGAGAAAGAGACCUUACUUUCACUCGAAAUGUCUUUCAAAAGUCGCUUGAGGACAAAUUAUAUUCAAAGUUCAAUAGAUAAGGAUUCAUCUUUCACCAAGUUAUAUUCAAUCCCAGAUAUUCGCAUAAAUUCUUUCAGAAAACUCUAAUCUCUUCUUUAUGCAAAUAUUUAAUUAUCUGGAUGAAUUUUAUUCAUUAUUUUUAAAAUUAUAUUUGAGUUCUUGAACACGCAAAACGAAUUUACCAACCCGUUUCAGGAACCGAAAAAAGUAGUAUUUACCGGUGUUUGCGUGUGAAAAUUACAUUUAUAUACGUUUUAAAUCCUAAAAUAUUUAAUGCAAUUAUAAUAUGGCUAAAUUUUAUUAUAUAUUUUGGUCGUAGUUUCUAUUAUUUCUUUUUUUUUUCUUAAAUUCUUUUAGACGUUUCUGGUAUCCAGAAUGGGUUUCCAAUAACAUCCGUCCAACCUCCGUUUAUUUUUGGGACCGUCCUGCGCAGAAGAGAUUUCUGUAGAUAUUAAUGGCGCCGGAAAACAUAUAAAAAAGUGAGAAUCUAAGUCUUUUGCACAUUGCUCUUUCAUUAGAAAGUUCAGAUCAACAUUGUAAUCAACAUGUCUCAAUCGCACCGCGCUAUCUUUUUGAGUUUUCUGGCUAUUUUUAUCACGAUAUCGCAUCAGAACUCUAUAAGAAACAGGCGAGACAAAGAAGAAUGUCCAACUUGUGUUGGGAAUAAACAAAGCAACGAAGAAAUCAGUGAAGAAGAAGAGAAAUUAAUGAGGACCGCUCUAAUCCAAUUGCAAAUCUUGAAGACAUUAAAGCUCGAAGAACCACCAAAAUUUAACGAUAAUAUCUCGAACUAUUUUCGAAAUUUAAUGAAAAAUGUAAAUCUAGAAAAUGGUCAAGAUGAAUUUAAACAAUAUAGAAGUUUAUCAGAGAGAAGGGUUUCAAAAGUUGAAACGAAGACUAUCAUCGUGUUUCCAGAUGAAAUUAAUGAUAAAUCAUUUAGCAAAUAUCCAGCAGUCACCCUAUACUUUAAUUUCACUUCAAGGACACUUCCAAAAGGAUCAGUUUCAGCACAAUUAUGGUUUUACAAAACUAAAACUGAUAAAGAAGCUAUACAGUUUGGUAUAACUGAAGUUGUGGAAUCAAGCAAAGCUACAAUAGAUUAUGUAUACAGCAAACAUGAUAUUAAAGAUUUUACAGAUGCUAGAAGAGCAAAAUGGAUGAAAGCUGAUGUUUUCUCCUAUCUUCCAGAAUGGUUUGAAAACCCCAACGACACUCACCGAAUAGAAAUCAGUUGUCAAAGUUGUUCCGAUGGAACCAAACCUCCAAUAUCAUUAAUCAAAAAGAGGAAACCAUUUCUUCUCUUUAAGAUUAACGAUACAACAUCAGAUAGAAACAAAAGAAGUACAUCUUGCACGGGAUCUAACUCUAAUGGAUGCUGUAAACAACCUCUCUUCAUCAGCUUCUCGGAGAUAGGUUGGGAUGAUUGGAUCAUCCAACCAUCAGGUUACAUGGCUAAUUAUUGUAAAGGAUCGUGUUUAAACGAAAUCGAUCGAUCAAGAUACUAUUAUUCUACAGUCAUCAGAGAAUAUAUUACGAAACAAAAAGAUAAAGCCGAAAAAUUAAACUUAACUUUAUGUUGUACACCUUCAAAGUUAUCUUCCAUAUCUUUGAUCUACAGGGAAAAGGAUAACGUUAUUCUGACUAAAAAUCUUCCUGAUAUGGUCGUCGAAGAAUGUGAUUGUGCUUAAAAAUACUGUAAAAAUAUAGAAAAAAAAAACAAUUAUA